AUGCUCCCCUUUUGGCUCCCCAAAGCCUCUUCCGCCUCCGGCGCACCUGCCAGCACCGGCGCAGGCGCGAUGGAAGGCGGGGUGCCAGGGGAGGGGGCAGAAGCUGCUAUCAGCAGCGGCGCGGGGGGAGUCCAGGGCGGGGAUCCUGGUUGCGCAGUGGGGGGGGUUGCGGAGGGGUCGGGGGGGAGGUUGAGUAUGGUGAGCUGGUUGGAGAAGGAGGAGGUGCGGGUGGCGGCGACGGAGAAUGGCGAGCUGAUCGCAGUGGCGCUGGGCACCACGCUUGUCAUUGCAGACGGACAUGGUGCACACGAUGGCAGGCCAGUGGAGCCAGUGAGUGUGAGGCCGGCGUGUGACAGUGACGACGCCAUAACGGCGCUGGAGUGGAUCACCUUCUCCGCCUUCAACCACCGCACCACCGCCGCCUUGGCCUCGCCCAACCGCCCGCCAGGCGCCUUCAUGUGCCUCGCCGUGGGCACGGCGCUGGGCUUCGUGCUCGUGUACUGCGAGACAGGCGUGCUGCUCGCCAAACAGAUGGUGCACACGGAGGCGGUGGUGCGGCUGCGAGUGCGGGGCGUGGAGGCGGGCAUGGUGCGCAACGAUGGCACACAGGAGCUCUGCGCCAUCACUCGCAAUGCCACCUGCGUCAUCAACUCCGUGCAGCUCCAGUCGGUGUUGAAGCAGCGAGUGGUGCAGCUGGAGGACACCGUGGCCGCCAAUGUGUCGCGCGGCUUCGCCUCGGCACUCAGCUUCAUGGGCGCGGGGCGCAAGGGCGGGCGAGACGACGAGGGCGGCAGUGGCUCCACGCUGGCAUUCAAGAAGUGGCGCACAGGCAGGGCCACCACCAAGUGGAGCGAUGGUGCUGUUGCCGGCACCUUCCCCUCGCCUCUCUUCCAAGUGCAGGUACCCGUUGCCACCUCUUACCUCCCCACUGCUCCUGCAUUUCCAUCCCCCUCUCUUAUCCAUUCAUGA